ACAAUACCUCCUAUGCUCCAGAGCUGGUGGAGGUGGAUCAAGCAUACACUUAUGUUUCAGCUCCGAGAAAAACAACUCGACUUGCCUCACUUUUAUCCCAUCGCCCCAUAUCUUUUUUUUUCAUUAUAAAGGUAGCGCGUUUUACGCAUCCGAUGCGGCAUCCCAGGAAUCAAUACUAACAACCGCAGUGGGAAGCGCACACUAGAUAACACCGAUUUAGUCCAGUUACUGCUUCUGUUAUGAGGCGAGGAUGAGUAACACAGAAGACAGCGGAAAUAAGUGCUCUUCGGGGCCGAUUUCCAGCUUCACCAUCCAGUCUAUUCUGGGCAACAAGAGCCCGUCCGAGUCGUCGCGGACCGCCGGGACCAAGGAGCUCUCCAAGGGUCUGGCUGGGCCGCCGUCGCGGAGGCGCUCCCUGUCGGUGUCCUCCGAGGACGAGUGCAGCGCCGGGGAAGACUCCGCGGAUUGUUUUUGCUCGGAUACCGGCCACAGCGAGCCAUGCACCCAGCAUCAACCCCACAACUUCUCGUGUUUAGGUGCCCCAAAGAGACUGCUCUCCGUGGCGGACGGCACCGCGCGGCGGCCUCACCAUCACCUGUCCCAGAAUCCGCUGCAGGAUUACAAAGAGGAGCAGGAGCGACCAUGCGGCCAGAUGUCGCCUCUGUCCGAGGAGCGGCAGGUCGGGGAAGGCGGGGACAAGCAGGGCAGCAACUCGGCCAAGAAGAAGACUCGCACGGUUUUCUCGCGCAGCCAGGUGUACCAGUUGGAGUCCACCUUUGACAUGAAACGCUACCUGAGCAGCUCGGAGCGCGCGUGUUUGGCCUCCAGUCUGCAGCUGACGGAGACGCAGGUGAAGACGUGGUUCCAGAACCGCAGGAACAAGUGGAAGCGGCAGCUCUCCGCGGAGCUGGAGGCGGCCAACAUGGCCCACGCCUCGGCACAGACAUUGGUUGGGAUGCCGCUGGUUUUCAGAGAUAACUCCUUACUGCGGGUGCCGGUGCCGCGGUCCAUCGCCUUCCCCACGCCGCUCUAUUACCCGGGAAGCAACCUGCCAGCGUUACCCUUAUACAAUCUAUACAAUAAGAUUGAGUACUGACUGGAGACACGAGACAGCAGUCCCCACACAAAAUAAACUUUAACCAGUCGACAUAAAAAAUAAUACAUUGAUACAACAUAACAACUCUUAUACACAUCUUGACAUAUCCCUUAUGUAUAUUAUAUCACUUUAAUUGUUGAGGAUAUUCUUAUAAUGCGACCGACUGUGUCACACAAGAAACAACACGCGUGCCCAUGUAUAAAAUACACCAUGUGUAUAAUUAUAAUUAUAAUGGUUUUGUAUUUUAUUUAAUUUCCCUGCUUCCCCUUUACUUAAUUAAUUGGAUUUUAUAACGUGAGUAACGUAUUCAAUCACUAUAAGGGAAAAAGGGAUUGGACGUUAUACCAAAAAACUAUCUGAAUGUAUUUAAAUAAUUGUAUCUAUAUUUACAUAUGAUUGGUUGUUCAUCAGAUAACAAAAACUGUCAGUCACAAAAUUAAAUGACAAACGUUUAUUGUUACCUGUGGGCAGAAACCCAAUGUUUUUACUGUAAUUUAGAACUUCAAAAUAAUCUUCUCAUUCAAUAAAUUUUCUAUAUCAGUUAAA